AUGGCAGCUAUGCAUUACAACGCGCAGAUGGUCUCAGAAGACUUGCAUCAGCAUCCGCGACAUCUCUAUAACCUUCAACAAAGACUACAAGAUCCUGGAUCUUCGCCUAGAUCGGAAGACGCCCGGUCGCCACUGGACAGUCGAGUAAGAUCGCUCGAAGAAGUGCGUUUCGUGGGUGCCAGAUCACCAGACGUGGAAGACAGAGUAAUCAGAUAUCACGAAGAUGCCGGAAGUAAACGUUUCCCUAAAGACCAUACGGGUCCAGUUUUUUUCCAGGACUCGGAGAACUCUUCCAGAAAAUGUUUCAGCGAUGAAAUAGCAACGAAUCGUUGUCGUGAGACAGAAAGUUCUCCUGGAAGGACAUCCUCGCCGCAAAAUUACAUCCUCAGCUCAUCCAAUCAACACAAUAGCUCCAUUGGUAAAACGUCCUUCUGCAUCGAUGCACUUCUGGGUCGCGCCACGAAGCAGAAUGAGAUAGAACAGUCAUCGGCCGAUCGACAAAAAUCGUUCUCCAGAAAUCACGGUGUCCAGUCUGAUGGUCUGAAUCUUGGUAGCAUUCAAGAACGGGAAUCUCCCAACGCAAUAAGAUACUCUGGAGAUCAAAGAACCGCCUUGAGAAACUCUCUAAAUCCUUUCAUUCAACAUCAUGAAUCGGAUUCGCCCAGUUUGGAAACUCGAGAGAAACACUCCUCCAAUCGCGAGACUGUUCUUGGUCUCCAUUCCAGUGAUUCCGGCAUGUCUAUCCAAAGGGGCCAGUUCAGGCCUGAAACGGGGACCAGUAACUAUCGGAACGACCGGUUGGAAAACGUUGAAGAUGAUACGUCGGUCGACGUGGAUCCGACGCGAACCGGAAGCGCCAGUCCCGGAAGUAACGCAAGUCGCAGUCCUGCUUCUAGUCCUCCAAUAUCCCCCGGUUCAGAAGAUCCGUCCAGUAACGGAGUACUAAGCCAUCAGAGUCUUGCGUCCGGGCCCUACGGCGUGGGUGCAGCGGUGGUCAGACAGAAUCAGGGCCUUCUACUGCAUCCCGCGGGACCACUCAUUCAUCCCGGAGGAUUAUAUUAUCAUCCGGCCGGCGGUAGCGCCUUCCACUCGAUACACAAGGAGGGUCAACCGGUCGGCCAUCCCCAAUCCGGAGGGCCUCAUCCUCAGCAGCAUCACAUCCAUCCACUCCAGCUCGAGUGGUUUGCUCGGACCGGCAUGUUAUACCCGAGACUUCCCGCGGAUUUGGCCGGUUGCGCGGCACAACAUGCAUUGCUGGGUAAAACCAGAAGGCCCAGGACCGCCUUUACAUCCCAGCAGCUCCUUGAAUUGGAGAAGCAAUUCCGACAGAAUAAGUACCUCAGCAGACCGAAGAGGUUCGAGGUCGCGACGUCGCUGAUGCUCACGGAAACGCAGGUAAAAAUCUGGUUUCAAAAUCGCCGGAUGAAAUGGAAGCGCAGUAAGAAGGCACAGCAGGAAGCUCGUUCGAGCGGAAAGGUCGACGAAGCUGGAAGCACGAGGAGCACUGAGAGGGACACUGGAAGUGACGUCAGUGUGAAUGCACCCGGAACACCGGAGGACUCUAGAGGAACGCUUCAAGAAAGUCAGAGAACUGGAACGGAUCUCCAAGAACCCUUGUAUCGGCCUUAUGUGGUCUAA